CAAUCGCCCAUUCAAACGUGAGAAAUUGUUUGGAAUUCCUUGCGAUUCUAAUCUGAAGUUGGACAUUUUCUACUUGAAGGCAGCACGCGUUCGUCGUGCGCAGUUUGUAAUCGACUGGCACAACUACACGUAUUCGAUACUUCGAGAAAAAUACGGUCUUGAAGGAUUACGGACGACACGGGUUGCUGCCGUAAUGGCACGAGGAGCCAUCACUCCGUCGGAUGAUACGAAUUCAGGAGCGAUCUCAGGUUCCAAUGCUGCAGCUGGUAGUGGAGAUGUUCGAUUGAGACGUAUGACAAAGGGUGAACGUGCCGUACAAGUGGCUAAC